UUGGCUGCGCUUCAAAUUGACAGGGCUGUCAACUUACAGCUACAUAGCUGCAAAAAAAUGUAUCGUUAUUGUAACAUCACUAUUAGAUGACGCCGAUGCGAUAAUGACUGAAAAUACGGAGAGCGCCAGCACGCUGGAGCAGCAGCCACAACAAUCAACGCCCGCAGGAGAUGUACCACUGUCCGUCAUGGUGAAACGUGAGAAGAUUGAUGCAGAGAUCGAGGCGAAACUUGUCGCAAUAAAUGCGAAUGUCAAAACUGAAAGUACCACGCCCCCAACGGCAUCGGGCACCGACAGCGACGCGAGCAACAGCAACGACUCAUCGCAAGACGAUAAAAAGCAAAUAGCGCCAGUGAAAUCCUCCAAUGAAAUACUCGCCGAGCUAUUUAGCGUGUUCAAUGCGGCACCGCCCGUGGAGCUGCUGGACGACAAAAAUCUGUUGAAGAAACACAAGAAAUCAAAAAAAGAGAAGAAGAAAAAGUCGCGCAGCAAGCCGACCAGAUCCGAUGGGGAAUGUAGCGAUACAGAUGUGGCGCCCGCUGAGGAAAAGUCUAAGCACAAGCACAAGCGGAAGAAGCACAAGCACAAACAUAAGGACAGCAAAGACAAGCUCAAGGAUAAAGAUCGCGAAAAGUCUAAGGAAAGGACGAGCUCGGUUACAGUCAAGGCGGAGGAACGGACGGAAAAUCGCAAAAGACACGCGCCAGUGGAUGAGGAAAAGGCGCCUGUGCCGGCCAAGAAGGAAACAGUAGUAGAGCACGAACAAAGUGACGAACGGGAGAGGGAACGAGCACGUGAGCGGGAGCGUGAUCGGGAGAGGGAGCGAGAUCGCGAACGUGAGCGUGAACGUGGUCACAAUAGCUUCUAUAACGGUUACCACGAGGACAAACAUGCGCGUUCCAAGGCGAACAACAACAACAACAACAGGUCCUCAAAGAUAAAGAUGGAACGGCGUGAGUCCGACGAAUUGUCGUUGUCCGAUGAGGAGACAUAUCUGCGGGAGAAGGCAAACGAACGACGUAGUUUCUACGGCGCCGCCAAGCUGGAACCCAGCGAUAAUAAGCGCCACAGUGUCAAUACUCGUCACCAGAGCGGCAGGCAGCGAACGCGUUCCCGUUCUCGUUCCCGAGAUUUGGGAAUAGAUAAAAAGCGUUUGCUGGAGAUCGCUCGUCGCAAUGCAAUCAGCAUGUUUAAGCGUGGCAACAUGGCCGGAGUGGCCGAGAUGACGCCAGAGGUAAAGGAUAAGGUGCUGCUCAAGAUGCGCUACGGUGGACGCACCGUGCAGGAUCUAACAGAUUUCUGCAAGAAGAUCUCCAACGGCGAAAUGUUGUCCGAUUUUAGUUCCGACGAAGAUUCGGAUGUGGAUAAGAACGGCAAUGCCAAGGCCUUUCAUCAUCCGUUUCAGCUAAAGGAGCGCGAGCCCAUUGUCAUGCAUAUACGCAACUCCACUCCAAUAGUGCCGUCCACGCGUCGCGAUGAGCAGACCAAGGCUAUUACCAUGCAAUUUCCAGUCUCCUCCGGUCAGGUGCAUCGCAUGUCCGAGGUGUGGGUGCCUGUAGAGCCAAAGGACUCACUGGCACCGCUGCCUACCCUGCCGCCGGCCAAACAGGCCACUAACAUUUUCAAAGAUGUGCAGCGCAAUGUCUUUGCCAAGACUAUACCGCAUCAGGAGCAGCAGGAGCCCGCCUUCAAGUCUGCAACUAAUCAGCCGGAUGUCGUCGCCGGCGCAGUCGAGACCAAUAGCCUACAGAGCAGCGCAAUGCUGACAUUGGCCGUGCCGCAGCCCGUGCCUGCUCCAGCAUCUGCUCCUGUUCCGCCGGCAGUUGUCCAGAAGCCGCCGCCGGCUCUCAGAGCGCCAACACCUUUUGUGCCCGAAGUACCCAUACCAUCCACAGCACUAGCCGCGCCGAGUACUUCCAUAUUUCCGCAGGCCACGGCGCCAAGCAUGGAUGUGUCCAGCAUUAUUACACAGCGUUUGAGUGCCAUACGACGCCUGCAGGAUAAUCCUGCCGAUUCUGAGGCUCUGAAAAUGAUGUUCAAUGCGCAGCGGGACAUGUCUUCGUGGGCGUCUUCAAAAUUUUUGCCCGGCCAGUUUACGGGCAGCACUGGUGCUCAGGUGAUGAAGGUACAUGAGCUGAAUAGCGGGCCGCAGCUGUGGGCGCGCCGAGAUCAGCUUACUUCAAACAAGCCCGUUACGGGCGGCAUGGGCAUGGCUCUAUUGCAGAAAAUGGGCUGGAAGCCGGGCGAGGGCUUGGGACGCAGCAAGACCGGCUCACUGCAGCCACUGCAGUUGACGGUUAAGCUGGACAAGCGUGGCCUAAUCUCCCGCGAAGAUCUUAAACAGCCACCGGCUCGCGCCCAGGCCCCACGUGCACCCAAAAACACAAGUGCUACAAAUAUCGCACAGGCUGCGCUCACCGCCCACGACAAGCAUCCGGUUUGUGUGCUCAACGAACUGACAUCGAAAAACAAAUGGACGCCACCGCAAUAUACGCUAAGGGACGAUUCAGGUCCCUCGCACAGCCGCAUGUUUCGCUUCUCCGUGGAGAUAAAUGGACAGACAUAUACGCCCGCCCAGGGCUGCAACAGCAAAAAGGAAGCCAAACUGAAUGCGGCCAAGUUGUGUUUACGAGCUUUGGGUAUUUUGCCGCCCAGUUAGUAGGAAAUCUUUGAUCUGCUGGCGGCAUUCUUAAUUUCUGCCUAUUGUAAGUGUUUAGUUAGAAAAAAAAAAAA